AUGCAUCAUAAGUAUAUGAGUGAAAUUGAAAGCUCACUUGCUGCAAGAAGAAUAGGGAAAAAAAGGUUUAAUGUACAUAAAAAUGAGACUUCUGAGCAGUUUACUAUUGGAGAAAACCGAUCUGUUUCUCCAAAUCCAGUUAAAAGGGAUACAACCCCAGUUCCUAUUGAAAAAAUGAUUAAGAGAGAUAUGACACCAAUCCCAACAAUGGCAACUCCAUAUAGCAUAGACCAGCAGCAAGAAAAAUGAAGCGAGCGCAGACAUUUUGAAAACAGAUCAAGUAGUAUUACUGUGGAGGCCGUUAAAAGCCCAGUGAUUGAGAAUUUUUCUAAGCCAAUAUCUCUUCGAGAAAAAAGGCCUAAAUUUAACUCAAGUUUGAAGCAAGACUAUCAAAACUCUCCUGAUUUAGAUAUCUUUUCAAAACCAAUCAUAAGUGCUUCAACUCAAAUUAUUGAAAAUAAAGAAGUUCCUAGUGAUGCUUUUCUAAAACCCCUUUUACAUCAACCAAUGUUUACCAAAAAAAAUCCAAGAGUCCAGGAUUAUAAUCCGAUUACAGGGUAUAUAAUCAAGCCAGAAAGGAAUUCUCCUGAAAGAAGAAUUGGAAUGAACGAUUAUGGGAAAAUGGUGCUCCAACAGCAAAUGGAUCGGCCUUAUUUUUCAAUUUCAUAA